UACCUAUAACAGUUUCUGUCACAACAUUUAGAAGGAUGAAUGUUGGAGGAAUUUUUUGAAGUCAAUUAUCGUUGUGCAUUCAGUAUAAUUCUUAAGUUCGCUUACAAGUAAUCGCUACCUGAGAGUCCUGAAUUUUAUCAUUCAACACACAGUCAUUCCAAUUUAAUUUUGCAUCAACACUGCGAUACGACACGAAUUUGGAUAAACUUGCAUUCGUUUCGUUCCUCAGUCAUUGUUUAGCAUUCACUGGAUACGGAGAUACUCGCGCGAAGAAGGCUGUGAAGAUAAAACAUUGUGACUUUGUGCAGCGUCAGCUGGGAAGCACAAUAAAAAAAUACAGCAGAUACGCAGUACAAUACAGGGUAUCGAGGUUGAUAGUGAACUUACGGAUAACGAAUUGAGAGCUGAAUCCACUGCAAUUGAUAGUACCAAGAAGGGACCUACGAGUAACGAGAAAUGGCGCAGCAAGUACAUCAAGUUUUUAAAGCGGGGCUCAAAGUCAAGGGCAUUGGGCGAUCGAUGUCCACCGGCGCUAUGGUUUCAAAGGAUGCAAACAUUUCGCCCAAGCACUGCCAAGGCCUGCACGUAUCCGUUCAGAGAGACUAUCCAGUCGCCGCAGCUCUCCCUCUCCCGGAAAACAUUGACCCCGCUGAGACAACACGGUUUUCGCCGCAACGAUCACGCGAUAUCAACUCGUCCGCCAUAUUGACCCAUCAGUCGUCUCACGUUGCCAAUCAUAUCGACGUUACGGUGGACAAGUCCAACGAUGGGACCUCCGGAUCCGAUCCGCACGUUGCAUCAUAUGAUUGCCGUGGCGCCGUCAAUCUAAACUGCACCAUGCAGAGCAAUGUCCCGAGUCCGUUCGGAGGAUUGCAUAAAUUUACCCAUUUGAAUAUGCCAGGCGGAGGCUGGGCUCAAGAGGGAAAAUUUCUCGCCCAAGAUCUGCAAUCAUCGCACUACAUCAAUCUGCGCAAGGAGGUGCGCUCAUCGUGGUCCAGCUACGAGGACAAACCACAAAAAGGUACAAUCGGCAUGCUAGAACGAUAUAACCAAUUGCUCUCGAGGCAAACUAAUCCAUUCAUGAGCAAUAAUGGUAGUAUAAGAACAUUUUCGCUAAAACACUCCUUUCUGGCCCAAGAUCGGCCAAAAGCUAAACAAAUGACUGAGGAACAGGCUCCCAAUGAAACGGAAGCUACACCACGACCAAAAGCAAUCGUGAGUCGUAAGGAAAUGCUUAAGAAAGCUGUUAAAGAGUAUGGUUCUACCGUGAUAGUGUUUCACGUUGGGAUCAGUUUGGCUUCUUUGGGCGCUUGUUAUUUACUGGUUUCUAGCGGAAUAGACGUGGUGACAAUGUUGGAGCGCUUCGGAUGGGGCGAAUCAGCGCUCGCUAGAAAUGCAGCUGCAGGCGCAGGAACGUUCGUGAUUGCAUAUGCUGUCCACAAAGUAUUUGCCCCGGUUAGAAUCAGCAUAACCCUGGGCGCAACCCCGUUCAUUGUGAGGUAUCUUCGAAAACGUGGCAUUCUAAAAAAGUAAAUUUAAGGUUUUCAUAUUGUUUCGGGAAAAAAAUAACGACUCAAAACCAGCAGCAGAUGCAUUGCGUUCUAAAGUUUACUAGA